UCUGCAGAGUAACUUCAACCAAGUAUUUAGGCUACAUGGCGAAAAAUUUCUGAAUACAUGUAAAGGAUAUUAUUUAAUUUAUUUCAAUUAUCUAUAGGUUAAAAUAUUCAGAAGACCACCAAUGGAUACCUAUUCCAUCAGCCGAAGUGCAGGUGUUUCAAUCGUUAUGAGAGAGUUAAAGGUAACGGCGCUGUAGAAGCAACAUCAUUAUGUCCUUAUGUCGAAGUGUCAUUCACCUGGUUCUAUCGUCGCUCUAGACAGCUUGUCGUGAUAAGUAGAAAGGAUUUCUGAUAGAAGACCAGUAUUGCUACAACUGCCUUACCAGAUUUCUCCAGCAGGAUUGUUAAGAUUAUGGAAAGCAAAGGUAAUUGAUCUGGGACGUUUGACUUUUAGACAUCAUUGACUCCCUCCUAGGCUGGCUUACCUGGUUGGAGGUCUCACAUUAUGUAACAUAAUGUCCGACGAAGACGUAUUGAACGAAGUGAUUUGAUGUGAACUUUGCCAGGUGUAUUUAUUUCGCCGAGAUUUUUCUGCACGAUACCGUAUUACAAACCAUUGAUUCUCCAAGCUCUAAUCGUUGGCCAACAGAAGCAUACGCAUACAGUAUUGAGGACGUCUUUAUCAUAUUACAGUGUUUCGCUAAUAUAGUGGUCUCCAACCUUUCACAUAUCCAUGUUUAACGCCAGGCUUUUCACUUCUAUAUCAAAGGUCAAAAUAUGAACAAUCCUACCGGAAGGAUGUAAAGAUAUUUCACCUUAUCAUACAUGUACUAUUGACAUCAAGCGUGCAUAUAUUUCUAAUGAUGUUUUCUUGUGGACUAAACAGCGUGCCUUUGAAUUAAUGAGGUAUUUAUAUAUUGACGAUAUGUUAUCUAUGGGUAAAAGUGGCUGGCCCAGGCUUUGAUAAAUGACUUGUCGCGCUCUUUCCUUGUUACAGUAAUGGAUGCCUUAGAUCUUUGAUGUUAUAACCUCAGGUUUCAGUUAUUUAAACGCAGUUAAUGACUAAACAAUCGCAUUGCGGUAUGUGAUGAAAAUAUCAUAAUACAACAGUCAAUGCCGUUUAUCGAUUCACAGAAAGUGUUGCCAGAUUCUACACGCUUGAGUACAAGCUCAUUAUAUCGUUUGAAUAUCCGUUAAAAGCUGUGAUAUAGGGCUUUGUGCGUUUUGGAAUAUACGGUAAAGACCGGAGGAGAGUAGUCAGAAAAUAAAUACCUAUACAUGUAUACCUUAGAAAUACAUAUCUAUUAAAUUUCCUACUUCAUCAUUGCUGGAACCGAGACUUUGAUGUUAACGGGAUCUAGCUGUUAAAACUAUGACACACUGUGUGUCCCUGUGUAUCAACAUGCAGUUUGCCCCACAAACAUGACCGUUCAGUAAUCAUAGUACAUUUUUUAGAGUGUUCCUGAAUUGUCAAUGCUGAGUAUUACAAACAAAAACAAUGCUAUUCAUUCGCACGGCUAACGCACACCCAAUUUGGACAAAGUGUUGUAUACAAAACUACCUUACCCGUGAAUGAUACCUGCUGGACUGUGCACACCUUAAAAUAGGAUUAUCACAAUGGACUAGAUAAAACAAAACAAACUUUGGUACCUAGAUAAUAGGCUCAUCAUGGAAUGUACUGCCGAAAGCAUACGGCCACAACAUGUUGCAUGUCAUGGAUAAAUUUGAGAGGCAAUUUACGGAUAAUUAUGUUCCAUUCGACAAAAAGAAGAAGGUUGGAAAUUACAUUCUUGGACGAACAAUUGGAGAAGGUUCCUUUGCUAAGGUUCGCCAGGGCUUCCAUGUCCUGGCUAGAGACAAGGUAGCGGUGAAGGUGGUAUCGAAGAAAGCCAUUUUGUUGAGAGAUUAUGUUCGGAAAAACGUGCACAGGGAGGCAGUGGUGCUACAGAAACUUCAGCACCCCAACAUUGUCCGUCUGUUUGAGGUGAUGGAAACAGAGAACACAUACUACAUAGUCCUGGAAUACGCUGACGGCGGAGACUUCGUCAAAUAUCUAUCUGCAAAAAAGUGUUUGACUGAAUUCGAGAGCAGACGAUUUUUGCGACAACUGACAUCAGCAGUGGAUCACAUGCAUAGAUCUAAUAUUGUUCAUCGAGAUUUGAAACUGGAGAACUUCUUACUUGACAAAGAUUUGAAUAUCAAAAUAAUUGACUUCGGCCUCAGUAACCUAUUCCACGGUGAGACAUCACUCAGUACUCAGUGUGGGUCGCCAGCAUACGCCGCCCCGGAAAUAUUUAGCAACCAGAAGUACGGAUCAAGUGUCGACAUCUGGAGUCUCGGAGUAUGUAUGUAUGCAAUGCUGAUCGGCACUUUGCCAUUCGUACCACAACCAGCUAACAAUCUGGCCCAACUUCACGCGUUAAUUCUUAAAGGGUGCUCCGUCCCAGAAGAACUCUCAAUAGAAUGCAAAGAUCUGUUGAAACGCAUGUUACAACCAGACUACAAGCGUCGAAUCAGGAUUGAAGAGGUGCUGCACCACGUUUGGAUAUCGGUAGGGUAUGAUGAACAUAUUUACCGCCAGCCAAUACUUCCCAAUGUCAUACCAACACUUCCUCAGGAAUCUGUGGUUCACUACAUGACAAACACAUACAACUUUACAGAAUCUGACGUUAUCGAGUCUCUAGGGGAAAGGAAGGUUAACUCCAUAGCUGCCACGUAUAACCUCCUGCUUGGAAGAUUUGAAAGUGGACUGCAAUUAGUCGGACAGUCCGUGGAAUCCCCUAAGCGAGAUCAUCAGUGUCCGUCUGAAAGUGACUCUCUCACAAACAGUGGACAUAUUCUGGAAAAGGGAAGACUACCCGCUGAACUGAACACACCUAUGAUAAACCCCACUUCAUACAGAAGAUAUGUGCAAUUUUUGCAAGAGACGAGACAUAAAACCCUUAGUCGGCAACAAAACGAAUCUUUUUUGUUUCAAAGACAGAAAAUUAUAGCUUCAAUAAAACCAGAAAGUAGAAUAGGAAUAACAGAAGGAUCUAACGGCAAAUUCACCAACUACAAUGUGUCAUAUUCUGCCCCAACGUAUGAACAACUGUAUGCGUGGGGGUCAGAUAGGGGUGGCAAACAUGACGACCUUUCAAAGAAAUCGUUUGAAGUUCACGACGAUUUAACAAAGGAGUCAAAAGCAGAUGACCAGACAAUACUGCCUGUGGUGGAUACUGACAAAAAUAGGACUAGAAAUCUUACAGUUUAUUCCCAGAAAUCGAUGGUGCGGCAACAGUCAGACAGUGAUUGUAGUGACAUUUUAGACGACUCAAACAAAAUUUUCCCUGUCAAAACCUCAAAACCAUCUUCAACGGGUAAAUUAGUACUACCCGGCAGAAGUCAUCCAAACGGAAAAAAGAAACCACCACAGCGUUCUAUAUCAGAACCCAAUACUAGAGAGACAGAUGGUUUAUCAAUAGUGCUGACCGAGCCCUGCGGCGACGAAGCUUGGGGUCCCGUACAAAGACAUAAGGCUAAAUUAGUGAAAGGUGUGACCCUUACGCUUUCGAGGAGUAAAACAAUAUUCGGCAGUUCUAUAUCAUCUCAAAAGCUACUUACAUCAAGGGAUCAACGAAUUCUAGGUGACGCUCAAAUCGUUGGCAAAGAACAAUAUUCACAAUCUGGUCGUAUAAUGGUCGAGCGAUCAGCAUCGACUCGUCAUUAUCGUCAAACGUACGUGACCGACUACCAAAAACCAAAGACAGCGACUGGCGUGAAGAACAGAUUUCCGGAGGUUGUAAAUCCUGCAAAUAUAAGAGCCAAAUCGGACUUAGGAAUGUACACUAAGAGUGAAGAGAGUUCCCAUUUACCAGAUGUGGUGGAUUUGUCUAGCUAUGAUGUUCCUGUUUGCCCUCCCUCCCCAGUAGAACGACUGAUAGUUGAUGAUGAAGCGCCAAUGAUACGGAUUCGAAUCACUAGUUGUAUGAAACAGUAAGCCGCCUUUUGAACCAUGUGCAAUAAUGAUAAUAUAUAUGGAAGCUUUGUAAUUUGAUGAACAACAACAGGAAUGUUGUCAGGAGCGAACAUUGAGUACAUACCUAAUGUUUUGGUGUCGGAGGGAGGAUAUACACUUAAUGGACGCGUAUGCAUGAUCAAACGUUAAAAUGCAAUAAUGACAUUAAAAUAGUAUCAGUAUAACAACCUUGUGUUUG